UAAAGUAUUUCUCUAUUGCCCUAGUCUCUCCAAAACGUAGCAUACAAUGUUAACUGUAUCGUUCUGGUUAUGCACAGAUUUGACAUGUCGUUUUAGGAGGUCCCCAACCAUGUUAACUGACUCUCAAAAUGGAAACGAACCACCACACAACCCAACAAACAGAAAAGGAGAAGAACCCUAACCUUGAAAAAAUCUCAGGCAUAAAAAUGAAGUCCAUUGGAGUCCUAAUGACUUGUCCGAUGCACAAAUACCUAGAACAACAGCUAGAAACCCACUUCAAUCUCUUCAAACUAUGGCACUGCAACUCCUCUAUAACUGAAUUCUUGAAAACCCAUCAAGGAAACACAAUCAGAGCAGUAGUGGGUAACACUGAGAUUGGUGCAGAUGCGGAACUAAUUGCGUCAUUGCCAAGUUUGGAAAUUGUUGCCAGUUACAGUGUAGGAUUGGAUAAAAUUGAUUUGAGAAAGUGUGAAGAGAAGGGGAUUAGAGUUGCUAAUACCCCUGAUGUUUUGACUGAUGAUGUUGCUGACUUAGCAAUUGGGUUGAUAUUGGGGGUUUUGAGGAGGAUUUGUGCCUCUGAUGCUUACGUCAGGAUUGGCAAGUGGAAGGAUUCUGAUUUUGGAUUGGCAACAAAGUUUAGUGGUAAAUCAGUUGGCAUUGUUGGGUUGGGCAGGAUUGGUACAGCUAUUGCAAAGAGAGCUGAAGCUUUUGGUUGCUCCAUAAGUUACUUCUCCAGGUCACAAAAACCAUUUGCAAACUACAAAUUCUACUCAAACAUUAUUGACUUGGCCACCAGUUGCCAAAUCCUCAUCGUGGCAUGUGCUUUGACAGAGGAAACCCGCCAUAUUAUCAAUAGCGAAGUCAUUGAUGCACUGGGUCCAAAGGGCAUUCUAAUAAACAUUGGACGGGGUGCUCACGUGGAUGAAACUGAGCUUGUGUCUGCAUUGCUUGAAGGUCGGCUUGGUGGCGCAGGGCUUGAUGUGUAUAAAAAUGAGCCUGAGGUACCUGAAGAAUUGCUCGGUCUUGGCAAUGUUGUCCUCCAGCCUCAUGUGGGAUCUGACACUGUAGAAACUAGCGACGCAAUGGCAGACCUUGUCAUUGCAAACUUGAAGGCACACUUCAGCAAAAAGUCCCUGUUGACUCCAGUUAUAUGAUGGUUAUGCCAAAGACAAGGCUUGAGUCAGGUGCCCAUGUAGAUUUCCUUCGGUUCUCCAGAUUUUUGUCUUGUCUACAUCGCUAGAAGCUCUGUCCAUGAUUUUCUAGCAUAUUGAAAAGUCCAUUUGAGCUCAUAGUUGUUGUUAGCUACGAAAUUUCAUGAAGUCAGUAGCCCAAUUGGCAGUCUCCAGGAAUCACCCAGUACCUCCAAGGAGAUUGGUAAGUCGCAACCAUUGUUUAUUUGCUAACUAGAACUGGCUCACCAAAAUCAUGGGGGGAAAACCAUAAAAGACAGGUAAAAAUGUGAAUGCGCAAUGAUAAAGGUGAACAUCAUGAAAAACAUGAAAAGAUCAGUGCAACUGCUUUGUGACCUCUUUUUUGUUCUUUUUCGCUUCUACUAUUCUGAAGUACCUAUUUUCCUCCCUUCCAAUUGCCUCUCUGGAACUUUCUUGGCAAUCAAAUGCAGAGACUUAAUCAAUCAGGGAGAAGAAGCUCCUUUGAAGAUUAGGAAAUUGAGGGUCUCCAUUCAGAGACAAUGACUCUUAUUAUGCUUUUUUUCCUUUUUUAAAAAAAAAAACCGGGGAUGUUCAUGUUGUUUUGGAUAUGUAAAUUUUAUUUCUAAAUAUAUUUUAUAAUUUGAGAA